GAUGAGCGCUCGAACGACUACUUCUCCAUCGACGCCGAGACGGGCAGCGUGGUCACCACCCGCAGCCUCGACCGGGAGACGAAGGACACCCACGUGCUGAAGGUGACUGCCUCCGACCACGGCUCCCCGCGCCGCCGCUCGGCCACCACCUAUCUGACCGUGACUGUGAGUGACACCAACGACCAUGAGCCGGUGUUUGAGCAGCCCGAGUACCGGGAGAGCAUCCGCGAGAACUUGGAGGUGGGUUACGAGGUGCUGACCAUCCGCGCCACCGACGGUGAUGCCCCAGCCAACGCCAACAUGCUUUACCGCCUGCUGGAGCCGGGAGCUGGUGACGGGGUCUUUGAGAUUGACCCGCGCUCCGGGGUUGUGAGGACCCGAGCCCUGGUGGACCGCGAGGAGGUCUCCGAGUAUCACCUGGUGGUGGAAGCCAAUGACCAGGGCAAGGAUCCAGGACCGCUCAGUGCCACGGCUAUGGUGCACAUCACCGUCGAGGAUGAGAAUGACAACUACCCUCAGUUCAGUGAGAAGCGCUACCUGGUCCAGGUGCCGGAGGAUGCCCCAGUGAACAGCCAGAUACUGCAGGUGCAGGCCACGGAUCGGGACCGGGGCAGUAAUGCCCAGGUGCAUUACAGCAUUGUGAGCGGCAACCUGAAAGGCCAGUUCUACAUCCACUCUUUCUCCGGUGCCAUCGACCUGAUCAACCCUCUGGAUUAUGAGACUAUUCGGGAGUACACGCUCCGGAUCAAAGCACAGGAUGGGGGCAGGCCUCCCUUGAUCAACUCCACUGGCAUGGUGUCGGUGCAGGUCGUGGACGUGAAUGACAACGCCCCCAUCUUUGUGAGCACUCCCUUUCAGGCCACGGUGCUGGAGAACGUUCCUCUGGGCUACUCGGUGCUGCACAUCCAGGCUGUGGAUGCUGACUCUGGGGAGAACGCCCGCCUGGAGUACAGACUCGUAGAGAUGGCACCAUCCGCUGGAGGUGCCCCCGUAGCAGGUGACGCUGGGUUCCCUUUUCAGAUCAACAACAGCACAGGGUGGAUCACGGUGGCUGCAGAGCUGGACCGAGAGACUGUGGAGAACUAUCACUUUGGGGUGGAGGCCAGGGACCAUGGCGUGCCAGUCAUGACCUCCUCAGCCAGUGUGUCCAUCACUGUCCUGGACGUGAAUGACAACAACCCCACCUUCACAGAGAAGGUGUAUCACCUCAGACUGAAUGAGGAUGCGGCUGUGGGCAGCAGUGUCCUGACCCUGACAGCAGUGGACAGGGACGUUAACAGCGUUGUGACUUACCAGAUCACCAGUGGCAACACCAGGAACCGUUUUGCCAUUACCAGUCAGAGCGGAGGGGGGCUGAUCACGCUGGCCUUGCCCCUGGAUUACAAGCAGGAAAGGCAGUAUGUGCUCACAGUCACUGCCUCUGACGGCACUCGCUUUGACACCGUCCAAGUUUUCAUCAACGUGACAGAUGCCAACACACACCGUCCAGUCUUCCAGAGCUCCCACUACACAGUGAGCGUCAGCGAGGACAAGCCCAUCGGCACCUCUAUUGUCACCAUCAGUGCCACCGAUGAAGACACGGGGGAGAACGCAAGAAUCACUUACAUUUUGGAUGAUAACAUCCCCCAGUUCCGCAUUGACCCUGACACAGGCACCAUCACCACCCUGAUGGAGCUGGACUACGAGGACCAGGCCUCCUACACGUUGGCCAUUACAGCCCAUGACAAUGGCAUCCCCCAGAAAUCGGACACCACCUACGUCGAGAUCCUCAUCCUGGAUGCCAAUGACAACGCACCCCGCUUCCUGCGCGACCGCUACCAGGGCUCGGUUUUUGAGGAUGUGCCACUCUCCACUAGCGUCCUGCAGCUGUCUGCCACCGACCGUGACUCGGGCCUCAAUGGCCGUCUCCUCUACACGUUCCAAGGUGGUGACGAUGGAGAUGGAGACUUCUACAUCGAACCCACUUCUGGAGUGAUACGCACAUUGCGCAAGCUGGACCGCGAGAAUGUGGCUGUCUACAGCCUGCGGGCCUUUGCUGUGGACAGGGGCAGCCCACCACUGAAAGCCUCUGUGGAUAUCCAAGUGACUGUGCUGGACAUCAACGAUAACCCCCCUGUCUUUGAGAAGGAUGAAUUUGACAUCUUUGUGGAGGAGAACAGCCCCGUGGGCUCUAUUGUGGCACGGAUCAGUGCAGCUGACCCUGAUGAGGGGACCAAUGCACAGAUCAUGUAUCAGAUCGUAGAGGGGAACAUCCCUGAGGUCUUCCAACUAGAUUUGCUCAAUGGAGACCUCACGGCCUUGAUGGACCUGGAUUACGAGAGCCGGACGGAGUAUGUGAUCGUGGUGCAGGCCACUUCAGCCCCUCUUGUGAGCCGGGCAACAGUGCAUAUCCGCCUCCUGGACCAGAACGAUAACCCGCCCGUGCUGCAGGACUUCCAGAUCCUCUUCAAUAACUAUGUGACUAACAAGUCCAACAGCUUCCCCUCUGGCGUGAUUGGGAAGAUCCCAGCCCAUGAUCCCGACGUGUCUGAUAGCCUGGCCUACACCUUUGUGCAAGGCAAUGAAUUAAACUUGCUUCUUUUGGACUCUGCCACUGGGGAACUCAAACUCAGUCGUGAUCUGGACAACAACAGACCCCUGGAAGCCCUUAUGAAAGUGUCGGUCUCAGAUGGUGUCCACAGUGUCACGGCAGUCUGCACCCUGCGUGUCACCAUCAUCACAGAUGACAUGCUCACCAACAGCAUCACAGUGCGGCUGGAGAACAUGUCCCAGGAGAGGUUCCUUUCUCCCCUCCUGUCCCUGUUUGUGGAGGGGGUGGCAACAGUGCUUUCCACUGCCAAGGACGGCAUCUUCGUUUUCAACAUCCAAAAUGACACAGACGUCAGCUCCAAUAUCCUGAACGUGACCUUCUCGGCUUUGCUCCCUGGUGGCAUUCGAAACAAGUUUUUCCCCUCUGAGGACCUGCAGGAGCAGAUCUACCUUAAUAGGACCUUGCUGACCAUGAUUUCCACGCAGAGGGUGCUGCCCUUCGAUGACAACAUCUGCUUGCGCGAGCCCUGUGAGAACUACAUGAAGUGCGUCUCCGUCCUGAAAUUCGACAGCUCAGCACCCUUCAUCAGCUCCAACACUGUCCUGUUCCGUCCCAUCCAUCCCAUCAACGGGCUGCGGUGCCGAUGCCCCCCGGGUUUCACGGGCGACUACUGUGAGACAGAGAUUGACCUCUGCUACUCCAACCCUUGUGGGAGUAAUGGGCUGUGUCGAAGCCGAGAAGGGGGCUACACUUGUGAAUGCUACGAGGACUACACUGGAGAGUACUGCGAGGUGAAUGCGCGCUCCGGCCGCUGUGCUCCGGGGGUGUGUAAGAAUGGAGGAACCUGUGUGAACCUACUGAUUGGGGGCUUCAAGUGUGAGUGUCCCCCAGGCGAAUACGAGCGGCCGUACUGCGAGAUGACCACCAGGAGCUUCCCACCACAGUCCUUCAUCACCUUCAAGGGGCUGCGGCAGCGCUUCCACUUCACCGUCUCCCUCAUGUUUGCAACCAGGGAGAGGAACGCUCUCCUCCUCUACAAUGGACGUUUUAAUGAGAAGCACGACUUCAUUGCCUUGGAGAUCAUUGAGGAGCAGAUCCAGCUCACAUUCUCUGCAGGGGAGACAACCACUACAGUGGCACCGUUUGUUCCGGGAGGGGUCAGUGACGGGCAGUGGCACUCAGUCCAGGUGCAGUACUACAAUAAGCUGAGAGAGCUGUCCUCAGGAGCAGGGAGAAGCCAGAGGAGGAGCAGGCGGAACCCUAGCAGGAACCCCAAAGGAGCUCCCCUUCCUCAGCAAACCUUCCCUCUUUACAAUAAGCAAUUCAUUUAGUUACUGAGAAGCGUUGCUUUUAAGUCUGACAUGAUAGCAUUAUGGGGGAUUGCAUAA